AUGUCAGCUCCUCGGAUAUGCGAGGCAAUUAGGCAGUGCUUCUCGGAGACUCAGUCUGACUCUCCUGAAGUGCAGCUGAAGGCUCUUCACACUUUAGUUUCCAUCACCAAGGUGAGUUCCCAAAACAGGAACUUGGUUGCACAGACAGAAGGAGCCAUCCCAGCCUUACUUGCGCUCUCGAAAUCUUCCUCCGACAACAUUCAGAUUCUCUCGUUGUCUGUCCUCUUCAACCUGUCCCUGAACCCUGAUCUGAAGCAAUCUCUGCUUUACCACCUGAAUUCGAUAAUUGCCUCCUUGACCUCGACGGAGUCCGGCAGAGUAGCUUCCUCUCUGGUUUGUAGUUUGGCAAUGCUUGACAAGAACAAGGCCAAAUUUGGCGUAGCAGGUACCAUCCAGUUACUAGUCAAGGCCAUUUCCGGGUCUGGCAGUCCUGCUGCUCAUCACCUCCUCAGCUCUCUAGCUGAGCUUGUUCAGUUCCACGGGAACUGCGCUUUGGCAGUGAAAGAAGGAGCUGUUGAAGCGCUCAUCCAAGUGGUGGGGAGAAGUGACGGCGAGGAUCUGGCCGGAACUUCUCUCCUGUUUCUUGGCCUUCUUGCUAGGUUUGAUGAAGGGCUGAAUGCUUUGCGCAAAACUGACCAGAUUGUGAGCUCAAUGGUACAAGUGUUCAAAGGGAGGUGCAUGCUGAGUAAGGAAGGUGCAGCUGAAAUCAUGCUGCUCCUGUUUGAUGAAAGUGAGGGCUGCGUAAGAGACGCUUUGAGGCUGCCGGACUUCUCAACUUUGGUGGCUGAUGUUUCGGUUAGAGGGUCGGGGAGAGCACGAGAGAAGGCGGCGUUGCUGAUGAAGAAGAUCAUGGAGGCUGACUUGGAUUCUUAUGUGGAUGGGAACUCCAUGUUUUCUGAGUGGUAA